GAGUGGCUGGAAGAGCUUUGUGAAAGGAAUGGGUGGGAUCACAGAACCUCCCCCAUUAUCUGGAGAGAGCUGCUGGAUCGAGGAGGCGAGGGCCUUCUUCUGGGAGGGUACAAUGAGUUCCUGGAACAUGCCCAGCUUUACUAUGGUGUCACUUCCAGCAUGACAACGGAGCUGAUGAUGCUAAUUGCUGAAGAGAACCUGGAGACACACAUAGAAAAAGAGUUGGAGAAAGAGAGCAUGAAUGAUCUCAUCAACCCCUUAGAGGUCUGGAUUGUCAGUGCAAGUACUAAUGUGUGCAACCACCUAAUCCCCAUCUUGGCAAGUGGAGACGUAUUUGGGGUGGACACAGAGAUCAGCCUAACCUUCUUUGACUGGGAGCAGACAGAAAACUGCCUGAUAAGUAUAGUGAUGGAAACUCAGGACUUGGCAUCACCAAUUCUCCGCAGUGUCUCCUACUGCACAAAUAUUGAAGAGGCCUUCUUUCAGGCCCAAGUCAUCAUCUUCCUGGAUGAGAUCACAGAUGAGGAAGUGUUCAGCCUGGAAGGAUUCCUUCGAAGCAGGGUACCACUGUGCCACCUCUAUGGUUACAUGAUGGAGAAAAAUGCUGACAAAUCUGUCAAGGUCAUUGUCGGAGGGAAAACGUUUGUGAAUCUUAAAACAGCUUUGCUCAUGCAAUAUGCCCCUAACAUCGCAAGCAACAUCGUUGCAGUGGCACUGGGUGUGGAAGGGCAAGCAAAAGCAAUACUGGCCAGGAAGAUGAAGACGAGCCCGUCCAGCAUCAAAGAUGUGAUAAUUUGGGGUAAUAUCACUGGAAAUAACUAUGUUGAUCUGAGGAAGGCCAAAGUUUACAACUACGAGAGUGCUAUUUGGGGGCCUCCUGGGUAUUAUCACUCUGUGUUGAACUUGAUUUUUGACAGUGAGUGGGUAACAAAAGAAUUUGGGAUGACGCUUGAAACCUUGAGCACAACUGGCAGAGAGUUUGGGUGCAUUUUGGCUGCACACAGCAUAACCACUACUAUGAAGUACUGGAACUAUGGCUCACCACCCGGAGAGAUUGUUUCCUUGGGGGUAAUGAGUGAAGGCCAGUUUGGUAUUCCUGAAGGGAUUGUCUUUUCUAUGCCCGUAAAAUUUGAGAAUGGAACUUGGGAGGUUCUUACAAAUCUCGAGGACAUUUCACUGAGUGAGAAGACAAUAAAGAGGCUCGCAGACGAUCUGAUUCAGGAGAAACUUAUUGCAAUGGGAGACUUAUUAACCUUCCAGCCAGUUGGAGAAG